AUGGUUUAAUUGCAUUUCAGUCAAAUCUAAUUUUUAUUACAACUCGAUAGCGUACGAGUGCAGAGAGAACCAUUUAUCCCAUAAUGCAAUAUUGUGCGUCUGGGCACAUGCGUAAAGCCCUGCUGCCAUGUCGAAAGUUUUCUGUACAAGGAAACAUACCCUGGCGGUAAAUUUGUGACAUUUUCAAUGACUGUCAUCAGUUUGACGUUUAUAUGGAGUUAUGUCAGCUUUGCAGAGUAAAGAAUGGAUCUUGCAAGCGAUAGACCAACUCCGCCAACGAAAGGCAAGACCCGAUCUACCGCGAAUAUGUCACAUGGCGAAACGAAAACACGGAUUGAGAUUCUCGGAGACGGAAGAGCAACUUGAAAAACUUGUGGAUGCGCAAAUUGUUAUAAAAGUGGAUUAUAAAGGCAAUAUAAGUUAUAGAAACGCUGCUAAGUGGCGGAAAAGUCAUUUAGGUGGACAGGUAUUAAAUUCUAGAGCUGCUGUCGAAAUGUUAACGGAUGCAGUGCAUGCAUUGACAGAGGGUCGUGGUGACAGAGAGGAGAGGGAUGGUACACGCGGUGUUUCAGUCAGGGACAUAGAAAGAUGGCUUGUGUCACAGAAACUGGGAAGGGAGGAAUUUAAAGUCCCCCUCCAUGUAAUGUUACAAAGAGAAGUUGAUGCCGGAAGACUUGAAAAACUUCCUAGUGGAAAUUAUGUUACAUCCCGGCUGGGAGCAAAAGGAUGUAAUAUGAAAGCUAUGUUGAAGAGAUGCGUUUCUGUCAAUACCAAAAGAGGAAGACCCCCAAAAAAGAAGAAACUCAAGAGGUUCUACAGUUACGAGCCCCCGGUAACAUGGAAUGCGGCACCGACCGUCCCAGCAGCCUCGUUAUGGUGUGACUAUUGUAAGCAGACGUCCAGACAGAAUCGACUCGGACAACCUGAAGACCUACUCGUCUGUAAAGACUGCGGGGCAAGAGCUCAUCCGACAUGUAUGGAAUAUUCAGAAGUGCUGGCGCAGCGAGCAAGUCAGUAUCCAUGGCAAUGUAUGGACUGCAAGACCUGUUGUCUCUGUCUCGACUCCGGGGACCCAGAUUCCAUGCUGUUCUGCGACGCUUGUGACAAAGGAUACCACAUGAAUUGCCACACACCACAGUUGCUAGACAAGCCUUCAGGAAAAUGGAUAUGUUCGGAAUGUACAGAUCAGGGCGUUGCCAUGGCAGAUAUAGAAACUCCAUGCGUCGACACGAAACCGGAAGUCGGCCAUAUUGAACACCCUCACAACACACCCGGCUGUAGCACGACUUCCGGUUUACCAACGCCAUGCGAUUCUCCCGUACAUGACCCAGAAACCCAGGACAACAGACUUCCGGUGUUUGUGAAGCUGGCCAGAGCGGCAGUGUCCAGGCCGGACGCUAGCCAUUAUCCAGACGCUUCCCGUUGGACUAUUGAGGAGGUGGUCAUCUUUUUCGAAUCCAUCGGAUUUAAGGAACAGGCGGAUGCCUUCCGCGAACAGGAGAUUGAUGGCCAGUCGCUGUUACUAAUGAAGAGAAGUGACGUCCUUACCGGCCUGUCACUCAGACUUGGUCCCGCCCUUAAAAUAUAUCAGCACGUGACCAAACUACAGACGGCCCACCAAAAACAUUCCAUCUUCUGACCCGGCAGCCAUUUUCAAUAUAUGUUUACGAUAAAGACGUGGGCCCAUUUUGGUGUUGAUUACUGAACAUUUUGGUGUUGAUUACGGAACUUUGCCUAUAUACUGGUGCAUAUCAAUUGACAAUUAAUAGCAUAUUGUUGAUAAUAAUGGUACACAUGUUGAAUAUAUAUUAACUUCUAUUGGGUAUCCAAUGCCUUGGUGGGAGAUACACUGCAGCUAGUUUAACAAGAGUUAUUUCCCUUCCAUGCCUUUUUAUCAUUAUAAUGGUGUCAUAAUUUGAUGUUGCCACACAGGGACUUGAGAAUUAGUUACAGUCUACAUGUACUUGGACCUUCCCUAGUGUGUAUACUGUAACUAAUUAUCACGUCCCUGUGGUUAUGCAUAAUAACCAGACCCCGGUUUCAUCAGCUUCGAUGAUCGGAAACUUAACAUUUUCCAUAGAAAAGCAUUACAGAAUUUAAGAAAAGUUCUUUAAUGAAGAUGUUUUCUUUAAUCCAAUAAUGCUUUCCUAUUAAACAUCUUUAGUUAGGGACCAUUCAUGAAACCUUGGUCAGGAUUUUAAACAUUUAAUUCACAGGUACUUUUUUUUUUAAAGAAUUACUUCAUAAGUGACAGAAGUCAUUAAUAUGUUUCAGGAGGAAAUUUGCCUAGCCAAGUCAUUAGGUAGCAGCUUGUAUCUAUGGGGUUACAUACUCCCCUUCUGGAUAGAAUUUAUCCUGGAGUUUAACAUGGUAACAAUGAUGAUUGUGGAACAUGGCAGGGUAUAUCCGUAUGGUAUCUAUGUACAUGUAUUAUUUACUGGGGUUACAACACUACACUCGUCCUUAAUUAACCACAGCUGUUGACAGGACGUUAAACAAUAAAACACCAUUGCACAACUACACAUAUUUUAAACUACACAUGUAUAUAUAUAUAUAUUAUAUGUAUGUAUGUACUGUAGCAGAUCUUAAGAAUGCGACAGUUUACUUUGACCUACCUAAACUAAAUGCAAAUGAUUUAAUUUGUUCGAAAGUUCACACUAUUAUGGCAGGUUUUCUGAUCUGCAUCUCAAUGUAUCUCUUGAUCAGAAGGACGCUUGUAGCGGUGUAUAACAUUAUAUUGCUGUAAAACUUUCGUAUGGUGUUUGUUUCGGUGUUACUUUUAAAAAAGAGAAGAUCACGAAUUCAAAUAAUUCGUGAUUACAUGUAUAUGAAACAGGCAUGAUUUAACAUGGAUUACACAGCGAUCGUUUCUCGUUUCUUAUAUAUUAAUGUUGAUGAUUUUAUUUUUUAACAUGUGUAUGAUAUGAAACUUAAAAAAACUAAAUGGACUUGCACACCCCAUGGAUUCAUACGUCAUUGAUCUGAAUAUCUUACUGGCUUACAAUCGGUCACUUAUUGGUAUAUUGACGAUUCUGAGAUAAAACUAUUGAUUGUUAUUGUUGUUAAGGUACAGGGGCGUCAUGAUUCUUUAGUGGAAAUCGAUAAGGGACUGAUUUGGUUAAUUCUUUUAUAUAUCUAAUAAAAAAAGUGGACCAAGAAAUCACUUCCACAAGCCCCACACAACUCAGUCAUUUGGGGUUGUUUUUAAUUGAAAUUUACAUCGAUAGGAUAUUUGACCAUAUAUAACUAACACAUACUAUACGAACUUGUUGACACUUGUUUGUAGUUACAUAUAUAUGGUGUUUAUACAUCUUGCCCUAGGAAGUCGUUAGUGUACUGAUGGGACAUGCCGAACAUUACCGUAGUUUACCUUAGGUACUACCUGUUCAUUGUGUCUUGUUGAAAGAAAAAUGCUGUCUUUCUUUUGUUUUCUAUUUAAUCAUUAAUUGAUACAAACAUAUUGCUGUAAAACACGAUUUUGUAUCGAAGUGACUUCAUAACGAAACCUAGAGUACAAACGUAGUUGAUUAUGGAGUUCCGGGAAGGCGUUAAUUGAUUUCAAUUUAACACACUUCACGCAUUGUUAUAUAUUUUUUUCCCGAUGGGUG